CCAUAUCAUCGCUCUCGCAUGCUUCCAUCACCGAAAUGGAAAAGAUUUAUCUGAGUUCAUGUUCAUCAUCAAAAGCACUACUUGUUUAUGUGUUUUUCAUGUGCUUAUUUCUCUCUAAGGCAGCACGCAUCAAUAAGAAUGAUCACUUCUUUCAAACUACUCCCCAGGAGGAGGAGGAUGCCAUCCAGGUUACUAAUCUGGGGGAACUCAACCUAUCUACGAUUGUUGAAGAAUAUAAAAGAAGAUCACUGAGCCACCGAAUCAUGAUUGAUAGACAAGCCCCAGGUGGACCAGAUCCAAAUCAUCACCCAUGAACCACGGUUAAUAAAUGUACGAACGGAGGAGCAUGAGGAGUGGUGGCAUUUAAAUCGUCUCAUGAUGAAUAAGACUUAGCAUGUGUGUGUGUGUGUGCUGCAGCUUACUUACAAAUAAAGUGGGACGAGUAGUUAGGAUGCGACCAUUUUAUAAGCUUUCUCCAAAUGCGUACUUCAAUUCUGGGGAUGUUUGUACAAGUGAAAUUAAAGUUAUACCGAUCAGAACAUAUGUAUAUGUAUAUGUGUACUUCCGGGGAUGUAUAUGCAUGUAUACGCAUUACCGGCCUUCUGUUUCGUAGUAUAUUGAUACUAAUAAUAAAGCCCAUAUUGCUACCUGCUAUAUACUUGUUUUACAAUACGG